AUGGGCGGUCACGGCUUCAGCCAAGCAUCUGGCUUUGACUUUGAACGCAACCAGCCCAAUGCUGGGCUCAUCUAUGAAGGCAAAAAUUCGAUGCUAUUGGCUGGGCCUUCGGCCCAAUUUUUGAUCAAGCAGCUCCACGAGACGCGCAAGCGCAAGGGCAAAGCUAUUCGACCUGAACUAGCCUAUCUCGAAUGGAUCUCCGGGGCUUCUGGAGCGGUAGAAGACAUCUCGAAACGGAUGCAAACCAUCACUGCAGAGCAGUUCGAAAAGCCGCGUGCGUUGUUGGACCUGCUUGGGUGCCGAGCGGCCCUCCUCGUCAAUAGACUUGCUCAGCACCGCAGCGAAUCGCACAGUAGGGAAGAUGGCGUGUACGAGCACAUUGACACAAACUUGGCCGUCCGUGCCUCUACUGCUCACGGCGUCUACUUGCUCGCCUACGCAUUCCACGACCUUGUCGAGCAACUCAUGUCCUCGGACGCCACGUCGACCAAGGUGCGCUUCGGCGUGUCUGUACAGCACACACACGUUGCGGCACUUGACAGCCUACUGCGCUUCUACCUUUUGCAAAACUGCCUCCUUUCCCAAGACGCCCCGACGGCAUCGGCCGCUUGA